UUGAUUUGUGGGCGAGUCACCUUACCCAGGCUAUUGAUCGAGCACCCGUAUUAUUAGAUUCGAGGGUCUCCUAUCCAUUUCCUGUUAGACAGUUUUACGACUUUCACCAUGUCACGACAAGGACGCUCCCGGCAAGAGUAUCUUGAUGCGGGUUUUACGUCGACUCAAAUCACCAAAGCCAAGGCUUACCGUCGAACAAUUGAGAGCGCAAACGCGAGACAAUCACUGGAAGACAAAGCGUUGGAAGAUGCCGAAACUCGACCGUUCAACAGAAACGAUCUGCGAGGCCUCUACUUUAUUCUCUUGAAUUUGUUUCCCAAGGCGGGUAAAGAUGCCAUUGCCGAUGCUAUCGAUCCCUCAUGGCAAUUGACUCCUCACUCAGACGAGCUGCAAGACGAUUCUAGUUUCGACGAGAUUGUGGGUCACUUGAGUCUGUUGAGAUUCAGUUACGAAUGCUGGAACAAAGUUUUCUCUGUUGAUAGGCAAACAGAAUCCCAGUUCUGGUUGUUCUCGGAACCGUUUGCCCAUAAUACGGCUGAUGAGAAGAACGUUUGGGGUGAGGAGGAUGACAUGAGGAGCUUUGAGACCCUUAGUACCUUUACAGAUAAACCCGCAGAGAACGACAACGGGCCGUCCACAGAUCGGCUUGGACUCUUCGUCACCAAGACCAAAGGAUCUGUGAAGGACAAGAAUUGGCACAGAACCCCAUUUCACGGUUGGGUUGCCUGGCUCUCUGAGAGAGGACAAGGCCUUUCAACUCGUCAUUUUCGAUCUGGAAUUCGAUGAUGAACCAGGCACUGUUGUCCAUAAAUCGAAGCUCUCGCACAUGCAGAAGAAUCUGAUUCAGCAAUGUCGAGAGAAGUGGAAGGGUCU